AUGACAGGGCAGAAGGCAGAACUGACGUUACAACAUUUAAAUUUACUCAAUUCGAAGCAGGAUUUAUAUGGACAACUACCAGGAGGAGGAGUCCAAACUUCAUGUACUAAGCAGAGCGCAGUAGGAACAGCUAAAAGUAAUAUAGAAGCCCAACUUGGUAUUGUGAGUAAUGCACAGAAAAUUUUACAAGCCUGGUGCCACGUACAUGAAAAACUGAAUGUCACGACGUCUAAGGAUGAUUGGUGCUAUGAUUUUUAUUAUUGGUUAGGAAAUAUAGUAUCGAAACACUUGAAAGGUUCUACCUCAUUUAAAAACGUCAUGAGUGACAUUUACCGUGACCUGAAGGGUGUAGCCUCGACCAAUAUAUGCAUAAACCUAUACCCAAAUAUUGACAGGGACAUUUUCGACCAAAGAAAAAUAAUGUAUGAUUGUACCCAGGACUUCGGUAUGCUUUGGGAAUAUACAGGUACAAAGGGAGGAACUUGUGUCCCAGAAUAUCACGAGCACUUAGAACAAAUGAAAAAAGCAUGUGCUCCUAUGAGUGAAUAUUGCCAAGGGAAUCAAGGUAAAACUGACCCUUAUUGCACCUGGUUCAAUAAUAAAAAAGGAGAAUGUUGUAAUGAAAAACUAUCAAAAUUAACAUGCACAAAAGUAGGUUCUACUGGCAACCAGAACACUGGUAGUCCAAGACCAGGAUCCACUGGAACUUGCAAUACAGGAUCUUGCAAUCCAGGUUCUUCUGGUUCCGGUUCUACAGGAACUUGGAACCCUGGUUCUUCUGGUACUGGUUCCACAGGAACUUGCACUCCCGGGCAGUCCGGUUGCCCUUCUGCUCGUUAUGAUUUCGACUUAGGAGACGUCGUGGUUUCUGGUGGUAGUGCUGCCAGCAGCAACGUCGCUUCCAUUGCAGUCCCUUCCGCAUUAGGAGCAGUAGGAUUACCAACAAUUGCGGCAUUUCUUUUUUACAAGUACAAAUCUUUCUUCUUGAGGAAGCAUAACUACUCUGGAAAUGGAAGAAGAAGAAGAAGAAGAAAAAGAUCAACUUUCAGACAUGAAUUAAACACCUUAUCAGACGACGACAACUCAACGGAAUACGACUCAACAAUGGAAUAUUCGUCCGAAUAUUCCAUCCCAUAUACUUCAUCAUCAUCAAGAUGA